AUCUGUAGAAUGGGGAAAAGAGAAGCUGAUGAAAGCCUUGCUGAUGCAUCAAUGAAUGAAAGUGCUGUUGUCGAUGGGCCAACUACUGCAAAAGAAGAAUACGAGUAUCUGUGCACAUUGGUGAAUGCAAUAUCUAAGCCUCUGGCUAACAGGAAACUAGCCAAAAAGUUGUAUAAAUUGGUGAAGAAGUCAGCCAAACAUCCACAUUACCUCCGUCAAGGUUUGAAGGAUGUACAGAAAGCUUUGCGCAAGAAUGAGAAGGGGAUUGCUGUGUUAGCAGGUAAUGUGAGUCCUAUAGAUGUUUAUUCACAUAUUCCCGCACUGUGCGAGGAAUUAGAAAUCCCUUAUGCUUUCACUCCAUCUCGAGAACAGCUGGGACUUGCCGCCGGCCAUCGUAGACCUGCAAUUUUGCUUCUUAUAAGGCCACAUCCCGAUUACCAAGAGUUGUACGAUGAGGUACACGAGCUCGUCAACACCCUCGCCCCUGAAUAAGAACUUGUUACCUUCAACGUUGUUGUUAUAGUACAUAUGUCUGUUAUGUUGAUAAGUUGUUGAUUUUUGCAUAUAGAAGCCUACUUGCUGACUGUUAUUAUCACGUCUUGUAUGAAGAGUUAAUAACGUUAU